CACUCCCGCUUAUACACUGGAGUACGACAUGGUUCCUUGGCUCAUCUCACCUUUGACCUUUGUCGAGCCCUGAGAUGCUUGCGGCCUUCAAACGGCCGACGGCGCUGUCGCUGAGUCGUCCGAGUCGCCGGCGUGCCUUUGCAACGACGCCGCGGCAGAGGGUGCAGCAUCUCCUCUGGUCAGGCACACUGCUAGACCAGACCACCUCUACAUUCACGCCCUUUGACCCAGACCUCUUCUUUGCGGCAGGAGCAGCAGAAGACAUCGACAGCGGCAUCACUCUUCUGCCUCCUUCUUCAUCCUCCACUCGGGGUCACUCGUUGCUCCCGUACUCGACCAAAGAAGGUCUGAGUAGGAUCUUGGCCAUUGGACGCAACACCCACGCCCAGCUCGGUCUGGGCUUCUCUUCCCAGGAAGCCACAUUCGGGCUCAUACGGCCGGGCUACUCGGGACAAGGAGGGAUUCACUCUGUUUACGCUGGCCCCAGUCAAUCUUUCAUCCUCACCUCCAACAAGGAAGGUAGGGCUACCGAUCUCUUCGCAUGUGGCAACAAUACACUCGGGCAGCUCGGCCUCGGAGAUGCUGACAUACCAUAUGAUUCGGAGCCACAGCUGCACAUCUUCCCGGCGCCCCGCCAAGUCCCACUGGAUAAGCUGGCAAAGCAAGGCAGUGACGCAGACCCUGUCAAGUCAUUCGCGAUUGGCAUAGACCAUGCGGUAUUGCUGCUGCACAACCCGGAAGGUCAGGGUGCAGGCUCUGUCUUCUCUACCGGCAUGAAUGGCGAUGGUCAACUAGGACGAAAAGCCGACAAGUUCGGCUACUCUUCCACCUUCGGAGACGUCGAGACACCAAGUAGUGCCGAGAAGUUCCGACUCGCAGCAGGUGGAGACACCUCCGCCGCCUGGUCUCCCUCGAGCCUGUUCGUUUGGGGCAAUACCGAGUACGGACAAGCGCUAGUAGAGGGGGAGGAUCAGCUCUCCUUCCCCACAGACGUGACAAAAUCGGUCAGGCAGUCACUAGGGGACUCUACCAUCGACGACGUCAAGAUUGCCGGUAGCGCACUCUUCAUUCUAGACUGUGAGUUUUCGCUUCAGCUUGAGAAGGAGCCAGUGGAUUCGAAGAUGUGAAAGCCGGGGCCAGUAGAGGCAAGCCCCUCAGGGUACUUCGCAGUCUCUGCAGUGGGCAGUUCCAGUGCUGAAGACGCCCGAAACACGCUAAUCAUUAUUUGACUGAGAAUCAAGGUUGUGGCAAUAGUUCGAUAAGCUCUCGAGUGCCACUCUUUACUGACUUUCUUCUGGCGUCUUGCGUAUCACAGCUUCCGGCCGCGUCUUUAGCUCAGGCUUCGGCCCAACAGGUCGAGCAGGGGAUAGCGCGCUACAUUGCAUCGAGGAUCUGCCUCAAAUCGCAUCGCUCAGCGUCUCCCUGGAUUCGGUCAUGGCGAAG